UCAUGUGGCUGGAACUUCUCCUCGCCUCGGUGCUGGGCCUCGUCAUCUACUGGUUCUUCUCUCGGGACAAGGAGGAAAGUUUACCACUUGAAGACGGGUGGUGGGGCCCAGGUGCAAAGCCCACCAGUGAGGAGGACGAGAGCAUCCACCCUUUCAAGGUGGACACGUCAGAUGAGGAGAUCGAGGACUUAUACCAGAGGAUUGAUAAGUUCCGUGGAAGCCCACCUUUGGAGGGCAGCCGCUUCCACUAUGGUUUCAACUCCAACUACCUGAAGAAAAUCGUGUCCUACUGGCGGAACGAGUUUGACUGGAGGAAGCAGGUGGAGAUGCUCAACAAGUACCCUCACUUCAAGACCAACAUUGCAGAUGAAGGUCUUUGUGCCACCGACUUUGCUGCCUUCCCUUGUGAAAUACUGCACACCCCAGAAAAGUGCGUGAAGAAGGUCAAGCACCCCAAACUCAUCUCCUAUUCCUACAUGGAGCGAGGAGGCCACUUUCCCGCUUUAGAAGAGCCCAAGCUGCUGGCCCAGGACAUCCACAAGUUCGUGUCCCUGGUGGAGAGGCAGUGA